GGGAGGGGUUCCGCGCAAGCGCAUUUGCGGCUUGCCGUUACCAUAGCGACCAGGCCUCCGGCAGGCAAAUCCUAGCUGCCUUGACAACAUCCUCCGGCAUCUUGCAGCUCCGGAGGCCCUGGAAACGGACGGCCUUUGCAGAGCUUGGCCCGUGGUGUAGUUCCCAUCAUUCUCCAGAAGCCACACAACAGCAAGGAGUUGUAAGAAAGUCCUUACGAGUUUCGCCAAUAACUUCAGUCUGGAGUGAAUCCGAUGUGUCUGCUUGCUAGCCAGAAUCCAUCUCUCGUGUAACUUGGCAGUCAGUGGCAGACACCAUGUUGUACCGGAAUUGAGCCCAGGACCUUGUGCAUGCCAGCAGGCAGAAAGCUAUGAGAAAGAAUCUUCUGAUGUCAUAAUUUCUGGGGGUCACUGGAACAUUUGAUCAUCAUUCCUUUGGCAAGUCUAGCCUUCUAUGGAAAGUCGGUCAAAGCAAUUGAUUUAUUCACCUCUACAGGAAUCAGACUGAGCCUAUUUUGGAUUUCAGUGAAUUAUGCCUUUUCGGUUUGGGACCCAGCCAAGGAGGUUUCCAGUGGAAGGAGGAGAUUCUUCAAUUGGGCUAGAACCAGGCCUGAGUGCCAGUGCUGCCUGUAAUGGGAAAGAGACGUCACCCAAUAGGCAACUCCGAAGAUGCCCUGGAAGUCAUUGCCUGACAAUAACUGAUGUUCCCAUCACCGUCUAUGCAACAAUGAGAAAGCCGUCUGCCCCGAGCAGCAAGGAAAUGCAUCCCAAAUAGCACCAUGAAGUCUCGUGUCGAGGGUUGACUAGGUCAAGGGUAAUGGACCAGCAUCAUCUUGUGGUCUGUCUGGUAAACAAAUAAAGGUGGAGGCACUACGGGGGCGAUGCCAAUAGUUGAA